AUGUCCGAAUUUUCGCCGCAAAAUGUUGUGUCCAUAUUGUUGGACAAAUAUGGUGUUGGGGAUGCUAAAGCCGCUACCAGAGAAGAACAGAAGAUGGCGGAUCGGUUUGCGUAUUGUAUUGAACAAUGUAAGAAUGGGAUGACGUUAGAAGAGGAGAAUGAAGAGGCCGAAGUUGAAACUGACAACUAUGACAGUGAUCCGGAUUAUGAAGACUUGGAAGAAGACGAACCUGAUUGCUUGCCACCAGAAGAUCAAGUUCAACUCAGUGACGGAGGCAUCGCAUCAUUGGAACAGGCAAGUAAAGCUUUAAACUUUUACCGAGGUUCAAAGACACAACGUUGUCGCCCGUUAAAAUUGGUAAACCAUCAUUUUCGCUAUAUAAAAAAAAAGAAAGAGUUGGACAAACUUCGAGAAUUUGAACAAACUGGGGGGUUAAAAGGUAGACUGAGGUCCAAUUUUCGAACCCUCGGAUUUUCCCUCAAAAAACGUGUUUUGGACCAAAUUAACUCAAAAAAGAUCCUACAUGAUUCCUGGAUCCGCAGUGAAGCACUUCAAAUAGCUAAUGAUCUGGGAUUAAAAAAUUUUAAAGCUAGUCAUAAUUUUAUUCAAAACUUAAAAAAACAAACAAAAAUAUGUUCAAGACAAGUGACCCGAUGGGUCGCCUCCAAAAAACGCAAAAAUGCCCUCACGGCCGAGGAAAAAAAAAGUUUGUGAAUGAAGUCAAGGCCGAAAUGCAAAAAUUUCCAUUCGAUUGUGUGCUAAAUUGCGACCAGACCCCAAUAUACAAGGAGAUGCACUCUAACCGAACCCUUGAAAGGUGAGAAGAUGGUUGACCGAUAUUGUCAGUUUACUGCUUCGGCUUAAAUCUCCGUAGGAGAUGAACUGAACAGCCAGAAAAAACAUUUUUUAUUUCGAAAAGCCUCUUAAAUUAUCUUUGAACAUCCUUACUUGUAUUUUACAGCAAAAAUACAAAAAAUAAAAAAAAAAUCACAAAAGGGAACUCGAACCCCCCUCCGCACAAACCCCAGUCUUCUGCGCAACCAACUGCGCCACUCACUCAUUGGUUUCCCUACCUUUCAAAUCGUCUUUUAUUCUUUCCUCUUGCGAAUUUCAAAACUUUCGACGGCCAAAACAUGCCAAAAAACCCAAAAUGGGCAGCUAGGAUUUAUAUAUCCUUGAUCAGCACAUUUUUUCUGAUUUUUUGAGAUAUGUCCCGUCAAAAAGUAGGAGCCCCCAUAAAAGUACUUUCCUUGUAAGAAAAUUGGCAAGAAAAACGGCCAAAAUUGGGACGCCGGCGUUACUACAGGAAGACUACGAUUUUAGGUAUCAAAAUCCCUUUCGGAAGAACUUUUGGAGGACAAAAAUAGAUCCUAAAAAGCUAAAAACAUUUAGCACGCUGAUUUGCGAGCACAAAGCAAGUCCUUGCUCUGGCCAGCCAAGAAAAAACAUCCAAAGGUCGUUUGCAAAAUCCCUUCUGUGACGAAACGCCCCAGCGAUUAAAUUUUGACCAGGUAAUAAGUUCAACUACGCUGAAUUGAUGUGCCCUAUAAUUUUUCCUUUCUUCAUCCCCGGUGAAGACAUAAAGACAACAAACACCUUUCCGGCGCUCAGAUUUUCUUUCAAUUUUGCACAUCCGUCGUGCAUUGGCGACAUCAAUAAAUCUGCCCAUGGCUAGAAGGUUCGUUAAAUCGCUAUCCGAUCUAAAUUUUCUCCAAAUUCUCAGCAGCAGCCAACGAACAGAGCUGCUGCUUUUUGCAGAAAAUUUUUACCCCGCUUUGCACCAACGGCAUUAUUAAUCCAUGAGAAAUCAAAAAUCUUCUGUGGUAAUUUGAUGCAUUAUUCCACUGAUUUCGAAGCCAAUGUUGCGGAAGUUUCUCUUUGGUCCGAAAACGAUGUUGUUGUUUUUGGACGUGAAAUAAUUAAAGAUAACCUGUAGCAGAAACUCCGUUCUUUGUCCCGGGGAGAAAUGAGAUUGUUCGGUUGGGAAAGGGUCGUAAAAUCGCCAAGAAGUACCGUAAAACCAAUGCACAACUAAAGUUCGUACAGUAA